AUGGUGUGGUGGAGAAUUUGGAUGAAACGCCUUCGUCCCAGCUGCGAGAUUUUUGGAGGGAAACGCCUGGAGCCGCCGAGGUUAUGUCUGUCCCCUCUGAGAGUUUUGAAAGCCCUUGAUGAAACUCCCAAGAGCCACAUGAGCCACAUGUUUGAAGCCAUAAGCUCGAUUAAUCCUGUCAUUACCAUUAAAUCUGAAAAGAAAAGGGAAGCGGUUGUUUUUCCAAAUCACUGGAGCUACAUAACGGCAAGAAGAAGCAGACAGAGUUCAUGGGCUGAGUCUUCUCUCCAUGGGUGCCAAGCUAGCCGACUCCCCAAACUCCCUCGCUUCCAAUCAGACGUCGUCUUCCCCAUCGUCGGUUACCCUUCAGAUGUCCGGCACGUCAUCCUCGAUCCAAACUCCGGUGCUCUGUCCGGUCUAUCUCCGGGAGGCAUCCUCGUCGACAUGACUACCUCCGAUCCUUCUCUAGCCGCCGAGGAGAUAUCCAAAGCCGCUUCCUUCGUCAACUGCUUCUCGAUCGAUGCUCCCGUCUCUGGAGGAGACCUCGAUGCUUAA